AUGACUUCGCCCACUGAGCAGCCCAUCAAACCAGAGCCACCAUCAACUAGUUCAUCAACUUCGGAAGAGUCUACAAUAUACACGCCGAUGAAACAAGAAUUUACUGUUACACAAAAACAAGAAGAUGAAACAUUUGAACAAUUUUAUUCGGAAGUUAAAGCGAUUGAAAAACGUGAUUCUGUUUUAACACCUGAACAACAAAUUAAUCGACUUCUUCGUCCCGGUGCUACAUAUUUUAAUCUCAAUCCGUUCGAGGUACUGCAAAUCGAUCCAACAACACCGAUUGAAGAUAUUGCCAAACAGUACCGACGUUUAUCAAUGCUUGUGCAUCCGGAUAAAAAUCCCACAAUGACUGGCCCAGCCGCAGUAGCUUUCGAAGCAAUAAACAAAGCAUAUAAAAUGCUUGAAGAUGAAAAAGAACGUAAAAAAUGCCUUGAAGUUGUUGAAGAAGCUCGUGAGCGUGUCGAGAAAAUGAUUCAAGAAAAACGACUCAAAUAUAAAAAUCAACCCAUCGAAGAAGAUGUCGCUGACGGAUAUAAGAAAUCUCUUUGGUCAGUUACGUGUAAAUUAUUUGCUGAUAUUGAACGAUUACGUGUUAAAGAAGAGGCUAACAAAGCUGAAGAAAGAAAACGUAAAGCAGAAGAAACGACCGACCGCGAAGAACGAUCGAAAUUACGAAAAGAAUGGGAUAAAAAUUAUGAAGAAAGUCGCGAAACAAGAGUUAAUAGUUGGAAAUCAUUUCAAACAGUUGCUAAAACAAAAGAUACAGUCAAAAAAGGCAAACCGCCAACGCUAUUCAAACCACCGAAAUAUAAACCGGAAGCUCGAUGA